GUCUCUUAUACGUCAUCCUACGUCUUAAACCAUGACAACCAUUCAAUCAAACUGGCAACCAGGAUUGAGCUGGAACCCCUCUCCAGGGAGAUGGCUGUUCCUAUGGUAACUGUCGAGGUGUGCAACCCAAUGGCAUGCAGGAGAAUUCAAGGUUUAUUCUGAGAUGCUAGAGCUGUACAAGAAAACAUCAUGUCCCUCACUCCUGUCAGCUGUUUUCUUCAGUGCAAAACUGCCACUCCUGGGAGAGCACAUAGCCUCAAAACAAAUGCACAACCAGCUUGUAUUCGUAAAGGUUCAUUCAGGAUUCCAUCUGGCCACAAGAGGAAUCGGACCAGGAGCAGAAGCAGGCCAAACAAGAGGGUACAGCGGCCCACAACAGCACCACCUCAAUACUGGCAGCUGCAGCCCACCCAGACCACACCCCGCCCAACUCUCAACCCACAUCCACCACCAGCCCGGGGCAACACCCAAAUGCCCAGUCCGACUAGGAACAGCAAUGCCCCAGGACAAGCAUCCCCAUGCCCCCCGGGCCCUGAUGCGGAGGUGGCAAUGCCCAUACCCCCUACAGCACCACUAGGCCGGACUAGAAACAACAUCCUUCUAGUCUCCAAGUGAUCGUCAAGCUGGAACCAUGGCUGCUGUGCCGAGAUUUACCCUUCAGUCGAGCAAGGAAAUGAGCCUGUGCAAGCAGCAUACACAGAGGUUCAGGCUGGUUUCAUGAGUGAGACAAGAGGUUGAUUCCUGACCAAAUUAGGGUACUCAAUUUAGUGCUACUUCUGGUGUUGGAAACUGCUAUACUGGUCCUUCUCAAAAUAUUAGCAU